AUGACUUCUUCUAAUUCGAGGGCUCUGCGGCCUCUUGCUCCUGCUCCUGCUUCAAGCAUCAGUCCAGUGGCGCAAGACAUCGACGUCAAGCCCAUCAAGAAACGAUCUAAUGCCUGUGAAGCUUGCAAAAGACGGAAAACCAAAUGUCUGGGAGAGGUCCCAUGCGAUAAAUGCCUGCAAGCAGGCACCGAGUGUUGUUUUGUCAAAGAGUCUGACAGACGGAAAAAGCUGGCCCUGCGCCGGCUCGAGCAGGAGCUGAGCUCAGCACACCUGUUACUCGAUCGGAUCCGCGUGGCUUAUGAGAGAAAUUAUAAGACAGAGCUCGGGGAGCUUGUCGAGCUCUUGCAAGAUAGAUCGAACCUGGUUCCGAAGAUUGAAGCCCAAGCGCGGCAGAAACUUCAGGAUGUCCAAGAACAAAUCUCCUUCUAUGAAAGAUUGACGCAAGAGCUGUCGACAAGAUUCAGUUCGGAUGUCUCCGACUAUAUUGCGGAUUCCGUGAAGGCUCUAACGUCGAAAUCCCAUGUCUCAGAAGAGCCCCAACGACCCUGUUCGGCUUCAUCCUCUUCGUCGAUGGGCUCCCUUGAUGAGGUCGACACGCUUAAUGUUGAUGUUAACAGAGACAGACAGAGCAGGUCCACGGGGUUCAUAGGCAAAGGCUCGGAGAUUGCUUGGCUCCAGAGACUCGAUGCCGAAGUCAGUGGCCUUGGAGGUUCGGAUUCGGAGCAGCACGUUCAGCCUAAGAAGGAAAAUUUCGUCUCCCUGAACUACCAUCUCGAUCAUCUGGCGAUCUCCGAACCGAGCCAUGGCGACCUAUACGCCAUGCUGCCCAAGCCGUGGGCGGACCACCUGCUUGAUACCUACUUUUCGUUCACCCACACGUCGUUUCCAAUUCUAAUGAAAUCACUGUUCUACACGCAGUACGAGAGUGUCUCGAGCAAUCGCUGGGCAUCUCCUCGGCCAGGCUGGCUCGUCAUACUCAGCCUAGUCCUUGCCAUCGGAGCCACCCACGUUCAGCUACGCCAGGAACACUGGAAGGGAGAACUCGAGGACCGGAACUUCCUUUCCCAAGCGAUUGCGCUCAAUGAGAAGCAGAGUUCGAUCUUGGACGAUGUGGAUCUCCAACAGGUCCAGAUCCGAGUGCUUUUCGCGCUGUACUAUCUGGGUGCUGGUCAGAUCAGCCGGUCAUGGCAACUGGUGGGCUGCGCGGCCCGCUCUGCUAUAGCAUUGGGGCUUAAUCUCCGAGUGAUCGAUCCAGACUUGGAUUCCGAGUCGAAAGAAUUCCGGUCCCGGCUGUGGUGGUCAAUCGUCGACCUAGAACAAUUGCUCUGUACGGCGACGGGGCGCACGUCGUGCAUCGACUGGCAUUGCUGCAGCGUCACCGCCCCGAUCCCCUUUGACGAGGACCAGCUGCAUGAGUCGGACGCCACCGAUCGUCUGCUGCGGGCCAAAGCCCAGGAGCAGGAGCUCCCCUUCACAUUGCAUGCCAGUCCCCAGCAACUGCAGGAGCGGACCCGAUGGUUGAAGUCUGUGCGGUCCAACAGCUCGCUGUUCUUCUUCUACACCACCGACCUCGCCGUGAUCAGCCAUGCGGCGAUCAGCGCCGUGUAUAGUAUCCAAUCUUUCCCCGACACGCGCAGCGAGUCACGCAACCGGAUCAAAGCGUACCAGCAGAGACUGACCGACUGGCUCUCAUGCAUUGACGAGCCCUGGACAUUUAGUGACAGCCAGGGACACUUCACCGGACACAUCACGUGUCGGGAAGAGGUCUUGCUGGCGUUCAGCUUCUACAGCGCGCAGAUCGUGCUGAACCGGCCCUGCCUCACUCGGCCCGAGGCGCAGAACACAGCUGGCGCCCGGCGCCCCCGCUCCUGGUUCGACAACAGCCGGUCCCUGGUCUGUCUGCAGUCCGCGCUGGAUCUGAUCUCGAUCCUCCCGGACGUGCCGGAUCUGGAGUGGCUGUACACCAUGGGCCCCUGGUGGUCGAUCGUGCAUUACCUGAUGCAAGCAUCGGUCAUCGUUCUGCUGCAGCUGUGCGUGGGCCCCGUCGGGGUCACCGAGCGCGGCGAAACCACCGAGGGCCAAGGGGCCGAGGGCACGGCCGAGGAACCGGAGACGAUCCUUCGGGUGUCGAAGAAAUGUCUCCGGUGGUUGUCGGCCAUGGGCCACCGGAGCUCCAGCGCUCGUAAUGCCUUUUUAAUCUGUGACCGGCUGUUUCGAAAGAUCGCCGCCGCCCAGAAAUUAGACCUGAGCGGCGACUUGCCGGCGUCGUCGGACCUGGCCGACGGAACCGCCGCCGAUACCUUUCAGCACAACUAUAUCAAAUCUCUCAAAACCGGCCACGGGUAUUUACCGCACCAAAAGCCUUGGAGCAGUCGGCCGGUAGAGGAUGGUGAUGAUGAUGGUGGUGGUGGUGGUGGUGGUGGUGGUGGUGGUGGUGAUCAAUUCUGGGGGGCGGAUUUUACAGCACCAGAGGGAGCGAUUGACGAGCGGGACGUCGCGCAGUCGACCUUGGACCCGGCGUUGCUGGAAAUAUAUGAGGCUCUGAUCCGAGACACUCCCACAGGUGAUGAUCUGUUCUUCAGAGACGGUCCUUGA